GCAGCGAGACUGCGGGGUCCUCUCAUUGUUAUGUCAGAGGGGGUCGAUACAUCACGGGGCUCGGCAGUGUCGGCGCGCCGCUCGCUAAUCGUGGACGUCUCACGUCGAACUCUUGUGUGUUGACGUACCUCGUACCCGGUUUAUGUGAAUUCGGUAUAAACAAAACGGAACUUGGUGUGUUAUUGGUUUAUGAGAGACAUUUCAGUUAUAGGAUAUACCUUGGAACGCAGUUGGACGAAACAACUUGUACCAUCUUCAGCCCUAACCUUCCGAAUGAAGAGCUCCAAAUCCAGCUGAGCAGCAGUCAGAAGUUGCGUGAAGUAAUGGAAAAAAGAAACGCGUGAGCUAAGAGGAAAAGUAAUUGAGGUGUUGCGUGAAGUAGAGAAUGGGAAGAAACGUGUGAUCUGUGAAGAAGAAAAUGGGACGAAGGAACGUGAGCAUGAUGCGGCUGGGGAGGUGUGUGGCCUUCCUGGCUGCUGCGGCCUUCUUGCUACCCUUUACUAUACUGCUGAUGGUGGCUGACCAGCAGUAUAACCUGACGUACAACUCUAAACGGGUCUUCUAUCAAGAGUACAUGUACGAAAACGGGACAAACGAUGAUGGCCUCCUAACCCGCGACAAAUUCAUGGAGGUGAACGCGCGGAUGGAGGCGCGACGGCGGUUCCUGAAAAGCGAGUGCUCUCGACUUGGCCUGGACAGUUCAAAGAACAAGGCCUACGCCUGGGAGUACCUCAUCAACCGCCAAUAUCAUGUCAUUUGGUGCAACAUAUUCAAAGCAGCCUCCACAUCAUGGAUGUACAACUUCAACCUAAUGGCGAACUACACGGCUGCCUACCUAGACAAAACCAAAGAAGUGCCUCUAGGCCUGGCUAGAAAGAAGUACGCCAGGCCCUCCGUGAUGGUCAAAAGGGCCCAAGCAGACUCCAUAUCAUUCCUCAUAGUCAGACAUCCUUUAGAGAGGCUAGCUUCUGCGUACAACGACAAAAUCGCCCACGCAUGGCCCAAGUCCUUCCACGAUAAGAUGGGGUACAGGAUUAUUCAAAAGUAUAGGAAAAAGAAUUCAAACUUGCCACACAAUCCGCACCCCUAUUUCGAAGAGUUCGUCGCGUACGUACUCGACGAAGCUCGAGCAAAACGGACGCUCGACAUGCACUGGACACCGUAUACGGAAUUCUGCACGCCGUGCAAAUUCGAUUUCGACGUCGUGCUUAAGUUCGAGACUUUGGAUGAGGACCAAAGGUACCUGAUUCAGCUGGCAAGGUUACAAGAUGUGGUGAAGCCGGAAUGGCGGAACAGCGGCAAGGGCAAGACGCAGCAGAGCAACAACUAUCUAUACUCGCGACUCCAGCGGCGUCAGCUGGUCCGACUGUAUAACCUUUACAAAUACGACUUUCAACUCUUCAACUACACCAUAGACAGCUAUUUUGAAAUCGUGCAACCCGACGACCCGAGCCAUGGAUGAACGUAAUCAUAUAAUUUGGCUUCGUCAUUUAUACUUAAUGCGCACAUUGUAAAAGGGCGUAAAACCUAGGAGGUCCAAGACAGAUACAACCUUUGUAAAGUAAGUACCUACCGACCAAGUAAUGUGGAUGGAAUUAGACAUUAUGUCUGUGGUUUAAGGAUCAUGUGGAUUGUAUACCAGCAAUGGGUGAAGACUGAUUGUUUCGAAUCGAUUGAAGUUGUCAAUUCUUUAGUUUAUGGGCUAAAGCUUUUGUUUUUGUGAUGAGUUUGUUGUUUGUAAUAAUGUUUGUUGGAAGAGUUGAGAUGUGAUACUGAUACCCUGUAUAACAGCAUUAGUACAAGAUUUUGGUAAUGCUUAAUGAUUUGUUUAAGUACAAAAUUAAGGCUGUAAUUUUAUUUCUACACAAUUAUUUUUGUAUUAGGAGAACACAAUUAAUUUUAGAUGAGAUUUUAGUUGAUAUAAGUACAAUGUCAUUGAAGAAAUAUUAAAAAAAUCAAUUUUUAUUAACGAAUGUAUAAAUCUGUUGCUCUAACUUAAGUCGGCAACGGAAUGCUGCCAAUUCUGUGAUUACCUAUACGUUCACCAGACGCGCCGCCGGUACAAGGGCCUACCCCGAAAACCUAAGUUCGCAAAACGCAGGCAUCUGUUUCUAUUUAAUACUCCGAGUAGAGAAUAAAAGAACUCCUGGAGUUGGCGGUAGGCCCACUGGCCGUCUCCGUUCGAGCGACACAUUUCACUAAUCAAUUUCCUCCAAAGCAGCAAAUUGGUCUAUUAUUGUUUGCCGAUAAAAUAUCCCUUAAUGGACGUGAGGCUAUUUGAUACUGUUGGUUGGAAUGAACGUAACCUCGAUAAGGUUAAGUGAUCGUAUCACAUCGUAUCGUGAGUAAUAAUCUGUUAUUAAAGUCGGUGCCAAGAGCGUAGGUCUACUACCUAUUUACGUAAAAAAUCUUAUGCUUUAUCGUUUAUGAAAAAAUAACAGUAUUAAGAGUAAAAUAUGUUACUUUUAUUUACAUAGAUUGGACCAGUUGAAACUAUAAAGGGAGAUCGUGAGACUUGCCCAAUUGGGAGAAUAGAUCCAUUAAUACAAAAAUUGUCAAAUAAAAUUAUUUCAGCAUGUAUUUGUCGCUCGAGAGAUUUUGUUACGUGAUACUGGAUUGGUGAUUAAAAUAAAUAAUUUUAUUUUGACACUUUUUUCAUAAAAUGGUUCAAGUCUCAUAGUCAAGUUUUUCAGACUCCACCUACCUAGGUAACAAAGAUGACAAUGAAAAUGUAACACCAAAAACGGAUAUUUCAAAUUACCAUAAGAAAUUAAGAACAUAGUUCUCAAUGAAUUCGGCAACGACAUUGUCUCGAAAAUUAUUUUGACAAAAACAUUAAAUUUAAAGAAAGCCCUAACUAUUCUUAUGACAAGUCCGUAAUUUAACUAACAGAAUUGUUAUAAUUUAUAAUGAGUUGAAUGAUAAAGAGUUUAAAUGAUUGUUGACCUGAUAGUUUGUAGAUAAAGCGAAGUUUAGCUGACGCGUAGAGUAUGAUUUAGUUUUGUAUUGUAAUGCUGAUUACAAAAUUCUUAGUGCUUCCAUAAUAUAGGUUUAUGGAAAUAGAUGUAUAUAUAAUUAUGUAACUAAAUGGUUUGUAUAAAAAUGUCAAUAGAUAGGGAUAUGCGUAAACACUGGCGUCCACUAGGCUCGCCGAAUCGAAUCUCAUUAAUUCGCCUUCUACAUUUAAUAUGAAACUGGGUCCAUUGGCAACGCGUCGAAUCGAAUUCACUGUUCGUAGUAAAUGUAUAGAAGGAGUACUUUUGCGAUUGCCAGCCUUAGAAAGUAAAUCUCAAAUCAUAUGAUCUAGCUGGAAUAGUGAUGUGCCGUUUCCGGGAAAAUUUCCGUUCAUAGAGAAUGUUCCCUACAUUACUAAGCAAAUUGUACAUUUAAUAUUAGUGUUACGCCGUGGCUUGCGACGCCGUCGCGUCGCAUCGCAUCGCCUAUCAUCGAUAGUUCAACGACGUCGCCUACCUAAGACACUUCCAUAGAGAUCGAAGGUUUGAUUUCGUCGCGCCGCGUCGCGUCGCAUCGCCGUCGCGCGACCGUCGUCCACGCAAGCUACUGCGUUAUUGUUAUGUACCUGUAUCCGUAGCUAUAAACGAUGUAAUAUGGGAGAAUAGGAUAUCGUAAAACGACCAGACUAUAGUUUACAAGCUAUAACGAAUAACUUGGCAUAUUGUAUGACUAUUAUGUGAAUUAUGAGGUAACAAACGUAGUCUUAGAUUACUUAUAGUUUGAUGGUUUUACGGUGUUCGUAAUGGAGGAAAAAAUCUUAAAAAUAAGGUAAAAGUGGCAUCGAAUGAUGGUUGUUGUAAGGAACAAAGAAAGCACCAAAAAGCCUUGUAAGUAUCAUCCCGCUUGUUUUGCAAAACGAUUGUAAAAUAAGUGUAGAAAAUUAGGAAUGAACCAUUUAUAAACUGGGUGCAUAAUUUACUCGUACGCAACUUAACAAUCGCGGGAGUUCAUCUCUAGCUACCAUGCCAUGAAAUAGUACAUUACAUCAGAGGCCGGGAAAAUGAGGAUUUCCGGCCAAGUGGGUAUAUACGGCCGA